AAGGAGGGUGCAGCUAGGACAUACCGGGGAUCUGUGUGGCCGCCCCUAGCAUGCUGCAAACCCAAACACACAACACAUAAGUCGUGUGGGUCCGUAGCCGCCAUAGUGGAGCAGCGACACUGAGCUCUUAAAAGAGCUUUUGGGGUGGAAAAGGCAUGCUCAUGAAGGUCAACGUGGAGACUAGGAAAUUGACAGCGGGUUUGUCCUGAGUCUUCUCUCUAGGCGUCUUCUGUCCAGUCCUGUCGCUGAAGAUAACGGGAGGCUGAUUGGGUCACCUGUGCUCCUAUUGGCUGCAGGUGGCAGUUUCUAUGGUAACAGACACACAGGCAAGAUGGCGUUCCUUCACUGGAGUUGCCAGGACGUGGCAAAAUGGAUAAUAUCCUUAGGAUAUCCACAUUAUACAGCCUGUUUCACUGAGAACCUCAUCACAGGUAAAAAGCUGAUUUAUGUAAAUUGCUGCUAUCUGCCAAGAUUAGGAAUCACAGACUUUGAGGAUAUGAAGGCCAUCUCUGCCCAUGUGCGUGAGCUGCUGGGGACAUCAGAGCCGCUGUGGAGCCGCAGCAUCGCAGACCCCCCCAGAGACAGCAUGGGCCUGUUCCUGGAGAAGAAGAGCAGAACAGGGGACUGGGCUGAUUCCUUCACCUACACACAGUUCCUCGACAGGAAACAAUGAAUGGAAUCUGUCCGUCUGAUAAAAGAAACAUGAAUGAAUGAGCUGUCUGUCAGUGUGUUGUUUGUAAGAUGACGUUAGUUGUGAAUGAUGAGACAAUAAUGUUCCAUUCAAUUACAGAUGUUGAGACACUAUAUCAAGACAGUGCUUUGUAAGGCAUUUUGUGAUUAAAUUGGUGUUCUGGGGUGUGCA